AUGGGAUGUGAAUUCGCAGACGCUCGUAUUUCCUCCUCUCGUCGGCACAAGUCGGAGGUAUGGGCCGUCGCCUAUUCCCCCGAUGGACGGUUGCUGGCGAGUGGUAGCCGGGACUGGACCAUUCGCCUGUGGGACACAGACACUGGUAAACUACUACAAGGCCCUUUGAGAGGGCACAGACUUCCUAUCUCAAACCUCUUCACCCCUGAUGGUUCCUGUUUUGUCAGUGCCAGUAACGACCACACUAUACAUGUAUGGGAUACACAAACCGGCAGCUCCCUUCGUGUUAUCAAAGGGCACUACGGCCGUGUCUGUGCUCUGAGCGUGUCCUCUGACGGCUCAAAGCUGGGAAGCGGGUCCGAAGACUCUACAGUGUGCGCUUGGGAUACUCAUACCGGCCAUCUGAUAGCGCUAUACAAGCACGACGAUUAUGUGCUGGCAGUCUGCUGGUCUCCUGAUGGGGAUUGUAUACUCAGUGGCUCCAAAGUCGGAACCGUACGCGCAUGGAGCAUCUCUACGGGCAAACAACUCCUCCAUGUCAACCAUGACGGUCGGAUUAAUGCUGUCCAGUAUGCGCCUGAUGGGAUGACAUUCCUGAGCGCCUCAAACAACGGGACAGUUCGCAUUUGGAACGCAACUACCGGCGAGCUUCUCCGCUCUCUUGAACACAAGUUUUCUGUAACUGCAGCUGCCUUUUCGCCGGAUGGUUUCCGCAUCGUGAGUGGGGGAGACGUCGGCUAUAUCAGAGUAUGGGAGGCAGCAAGCGGAAAACUUCUCUUGGGUCAAGUGCGUAUCCGAUCUCGUCAAAUAAGUAGCGCGCUGACAUUACAAAAUAGAAUGCGAAGGGCAACGACCCUUCAAAUAGUUCUCCCCAUGAAGUAG